UGUCCACAGACAUUUGCCAAGGAGCAAGUGCGCAAGAGCAGAGACAACAGCUGCAAGAACAAACCGUAAUCGUCAGUCAUGGAGCGUCCAGGAGAAGAGGAACAGCAACAGGACCCGCGCCUUGCCCAGAUGCAGGCGCAAAGGAAGCAGCGUCAGCAGCAAGAGGAGCAGAAGCGGCAAAUGGAGGAGAUGAAGAAUCAAAUGCUUGGCUCCAUCAUGACACAAUCAGCACGCGCACGACUGAACAGCAUUGCUGUUGUGAAGCCCGAAACCGCUGCCCUUGUUGAAAACCUCCUCAUCCGCAUGGCGCAGAACGGUCAAAUCCACGGCAAGGUUGACGAGCGUGAGCUGAAGCGGCUCCUUGGCCAAGUCGCCCAACAAACAAAGCAGAAGACUAACAUCAAGUUUGCCCGAAGAGAGCUGGCCGACGAUGACGAUGAUGAGAGUGACGGUUCAGACUCUGAUGAUGACGAUGAAGAUUAAACAUACGCACACACAAAAG